UGAUUCAGACUGAUAGUACCCGAGUUUCUUUUUGGGUUCCGGAAUCGAUUCUGAACUCUAGCACAACUGAGAUGGUGGUUGAAGCUGAAAGCAACGAGAUGCAGAAAGUUUUCCACAUGAAAGGCGGAUUAGGGGAAGAGAGCUAUGCCCUUAACUCAAAAUCCCAGAGCGCCUACUUAUCCAGAGCAAUGCCGGUUCUGGAUCAAGCAGUUCUGGACCUCUGCACUGCCGGAUUUCCAGCCAACUUGUUUAACAUAGCAGACCUCGGAUGUUCUUCAGGACCAAACUCUCUGGUCGCAGCUGCGCAGAUCACAGGCAUCAUCCAUCAGAAGAGCUCCCAGCUCGGCCGAACGCCUCCGGAAUUCUCUGUCUUCCUGAACGAUCUUCCGGGAAAUGAUUUCAACACGGUUUUCAACUCCCUGCCGUCUUUCCAGGAGAAGCUGAAAACAGAGCAUGGGCAAGAUUUCGGGCCCUGUUAUGUUUCAGGCGUUCCGGGCUCUUUCUACGGCAGGCUUUUCCCCUCCAAUUCCCUCCAUUUCGUUCAUUCCGGCCAGUGCCUUCACUGGCUUUCCCAGGUUCCUCCAGAGCUGAGUGAUAAACAGGAUCCGCUGAUAAACAAAGGGAAGGUUUUCAUCUCGAGAACGAGUUCACCUGCUGUAAUAGACGCUUACAAGUCCCAAUUCCAAAAGGACUUCUGCACAUUCCUCCAGGCACGUUCAGAGGAAGUGGUUGCAGGUGGGAGAAUGGUGUUGCAGUUCAGGGGAAGACGUCUAGAAGACCCGGCGCCUGAUGAAAGUUGCUUGCUCUGGGAUUACCUAGGAUUGGCCUUCCAGGAAUUAGUUUCUGAGGGGCUCAUUCCUGAAGGGAAGCUGGACACUUACAACACGCCAUAUUACGAGGCGUUUACUGAAGACGUGAGAGCUGAGAUCGAGAGAGAAGGGUCGUUUGUUGUGGAUCGCCUGGAGACUAUCGUGAUCCCAUGGGAUGGGUGUAAUGGAGGAGUAACGCAGUAUGACAGGGCGACCACAGCCAGGAACAUGGGGAAGGCAAUAAGAGCGGUGAACGAGGCAAUGAUUCGGAGCCAUUUCGGUGGAGGAGAUGUGGAGUUUGUGGACCGUUUGUUUCAGAAGUUUGGUCGAAUCAUGGUGGAUGACUCGAAGGAAGUUGAGCAUGUCAGUAUUGUUGUCUCUGUCAUCAAGAAGCAAUCAACCGCUUUGAGCAUGUCCGUCAGUACAAUCGAUGGCUGUGCCUGUGUGUGAUCUGCUUAGUAAUAUCACUAAGCCAUAGGUUUUAGUGACUGAACCCCACUCCCCUUGUUCACUUGUACUCAUUUCAGUUUUAAGUGUAUAAUAAUUGAUUUCUAGUUCUAUGAAAAGGAUCUAUUCAGACUCCAUCUUCCCUGAGUUCAUUGAUUGAAAUUUGAAUUAUCAAUCUCCUUUUCUGAACAAGUUUAUUGUUAUGGACUGCAGAAUACUGGAUGGAAUCGGCAGCUUUGGCAAAAAUCACUUCAGUUCUUCAUUCUCAACAGUAACGGAGGAAGAUAAUAUAAUGAGUGGCCUGUCUUACCUACCUCUCUUCAAAUGUAGGUCGAAGGAGGAGCAUGUCCAGUAUUGUUUCUGUGUGAGAAAAGAAGAGAAAACGAGUGGACGAAGGCCACUCGCAGGAGGUAACGUGGGGGCCACUAUUCUCACUCUUGAUUUGCUCUUAUCCCAAAAUUUUUUCCUCAUCUUCUCUUAUCCCAAAACCUACUUUCCAGAUCUCUUUGAUAUUAAACCAGCUUGGUCUCUUACUAGCUUUUAUGCUGUGGGCUACAGGGGCUCAUUCCUGAAGGGAAGCUGGACACAUACAAUCCGCCGUAUUACGAGCCGUUUACAGAAGAAGUGAGAGCCGAGAUCGAGACAGAAGAGUCGUUUGCUGUGGAUCGCCUGGAGAUCAUCGUGAACCCAUGGGAUGGGUGUAAUGGAGGAGGAAGGCAGUGCGAGCGGGCGACCAUGGCGAGGAACAUGGAGAAGGCGAUCAGAGCGGUGGACGAGGCGAUGAUUUGGAGCCAUUUCGGUGGAGGAGAUGUGGAGUUUAUGGACCGUUUGUUUCAGAAGUUCGGUAGGAUCAUGGUGGAUGACUCGAAGGAAGUUGAGCAUGUCAGUAUGAAUCUUUGCUUCAACAAUAUCUUCUGUUGUUUAACUAAGCCGUAGACUUUCGCAUGUGAUGGUAUUAGGCUGCCAAUGAUGAUAAUGAUCGGAUGGUCAGCUGGGGAUGGACAGUCUGCUCUUUCAACUCGCAGACUUACUGCCACAAGGGGCAAAGAAAGAUUUCGACAUCACUGUUGAGUCGCCAUUGUAAUUUCUAUUGCAGAGCUUUAUAACUUCCCUACCUUUUGCUUCCCAUCUCUUUGUGUGCCUUCUUUUCUCAAGGUAGAAAACCAGUCCAUAUAUUGCUCCAGUCUUUGUAAUAUGUUUGCAGUUUAUACUCGUUGAUCGUAGAUAGAGCUGAUUUGGUCGAAUUCAUUGGAACGAGGUACUACUUCUUUUUCUUGAUUAUUGUUAUUGAUCUCAUGUCAGUGUACUACUUAGCAUGUAGCUAACCAAACUCUUUUAGAUUUGUAAGCUUAUCGCCUUAGAAGCGUUUGCCAUCGCUGCUUUCUUUUAUCUCAAGCAGACCGUAGCUAUGUAUGUUCUUAAUUUAGUCCCAAAGACAGACAGUAGGGAGCACAAGCAGACAUUUCUCAGAUACAAGAUAUGCACAAUGAAACAAACGUGACCUUUGCUUCAACCAUGUCUUUCUGUGCUUUCUUCUGCAGAAUCUAACAUCUUGAUGAAGAGGAGAGCCCUCCCAUUCUUGGCAGUGUACUCAGAAAUCCAAGAACACAUUUUGCAGCAAGAACACUUUUUACCGCGUACAAGGUUUAAUGAGGUUUGGUGUUCGAAACCAGUAAUAUACCCGAAAAUAUUUUUCAGGACAGUUUCUUUUGUCUAAUUUUUUAACGACUUUCCAAACCCUAUUAGUUAUUACUUAUUAGUUAUUACCAACACUUCCAUUUCGCGUCGUCUUCUCGGUGCCUGCAGCUUGGUCUCGUUGCCGCCGGUGCCAUCCUUCUUCUGCUCGCCCUACCUCCGGCUCCGCCAUCAUCACCUCCUCGAGCUGCUGCAGCUUCAGGAGCCGCCAGAAUAAGAUACGAAACCCAGCAAAUUUACAUAGAAUAGCAGUCUCCUGUGUUCAUCAGCCCGUCCUCCUCCCAGGUUUGGUUGCCGAAUGGAUCUUUGUUGAUUGGAAGAAAAGAGGAUAAAAGAGAGAUGUUGAUUAGCUGUGAGAUUCUCAAUUUCUUAUCAAGGAAGGAGAACGCGAGGAAGAUACUGAAGCGCAAGGACAGCAACACUGGGGCACGAGGUAUGGUAUCUCUACUCCAUCCUUGUGAUUAUGCAUGUUGAUUCUUAGAGCUGAUGUAAUUAUGGCUUGAUGAGAACUCCUCUAUCUAGAUGACUGAGAACCAUUGUUGGAAUUGAAAGUACCCCAAGCUUUAAAGUUUUUUGCUGGCAGGCAGCUAAGAUGUUUCUAGUUUCUGCUAGCUGGAGUCUUUGACAGAACCUUUGGUUUUUGCUAGCUGUUAAUGCCGAAUCGUGGUCUGGUUGUGUAACCUGUGAACAAAGAGAUUGUGAUUUCUUUCAUAUUAUGGGAAAAGCUCAAAUCCCUCUUGCAGAUCCCUUGUUCCCCUGUUUUCCAGAGAUGAAAUAGCAAAGGGCAGUUUGUCCCAUAGGAGACUGACAAAAGCUCAAAUUAAUAAUGUCUGAGAGACCAUUUACCACGUUGAGGAAGCUGAAUUAGUGGAUCUUACCCACCAUUACCUCUACUAGCAACCGUGUUAAUGCUUAUUGUUUGCAGAUUAUGAAGAGAGUUGACCAUCUGUUAUAAUAUUAUGCAGUAUGAGAUAUUCGAGCUAACCCAUUGGAUCUUGUCUCCCACCCCCUGCAACUAUGCUUACCUUAUUCAUUGAUUUAAUUUAAGUAGGAAGUCAAAGCCUCCCCUGCAAGUGGGUACUGAUAUAUAUUAUUUGAGUUUGUUAAAAAUAUUAAAGCUCAAUUCCCUCU